AUGCCUCCUUCUACACAAAAACGGGUAUCCAACUCAACUGGAUAUCCAUACAUAUCUCCAUGGCUGAUGUUCCCUAAAGAUAACACCUACAAUUUCGUAGAUCCAGUGCAUGAUAACGAGGCAUACCGUGUGAGUUUCUGUGAAUCAGUACAAGGUGCUACUACCCAUUAUCAAAAGGAUGGUUGGCUACUAAUGUCGAAAAAGAGAAAGGUAUUCUUUUGCAAUCCAUUCACAAGAGAAAUCAUCAGACUUCCAGACUUGCCAGACGGUUAUAACAUUUCCAUCAUUUGUUUCGAGUUUUCACCGAUUACUCCUGGCUGUAUGGUUUUCGCCGUUGAUCAAUUUGCACCUAUGGAGCUUGGUAUCUUGAUUAUUAUGAGGAGUGGUGAUAUUUGGCUUCCAAUCGACUUUCCUUACACUAAUGUGAAGAAGCUCAUGCCAUUACAUGGUACUGCUCCAAUAUUGUACAAAAAUGGUUUCUAUUGUGUAUAUUGUGACGGAACUUUAGGGGUUUAUGACACUAUGAAAAAUGGCGGCUGGAGUGUACUCGAAAAACCCAAGAAAAUAUUCAAGAAUGAUAUGCAUCCAAAUUUGUUGGUGGAGUGUGGAGGAGAUCUUUUAUUAGUCAAGCUGGGACAUCUAGGUGCGGCAGUCAGGAUAUUUAGAUUGGAUUUCUCUGUAAUGGAAUGGGUUAAAGUAGAAACUUUGGGAAAGUAUAUGUUGUUCAUCAGCGAGACUUCAUGUUUGUCGUCGAUCGCUCCAAAUAGUAGGAUGGAAUACAUGAUGUGUUUCCCUAGAGUAUAUUUGAAUGGAGAAGGGAUUUUAUUAUAUUCACUUGAAACAGGUAGUUAUCACUCGUCUUCUUCUGCGGAGAAUUCUCUUAACAUAUUUUACGAGACGGAGGGAUGGCUUUCAAACUGCACAUGGAUUCAACCAAAUUGGUCCAAGUGUACACAACAAGAGCUUGACUGGCUCAAGAUCAUAGAGUAG